ACUCCCGGCAUACCAGAUUUCAACUGUCAUCUCGUGGGUUCAUUGAUCUUGGUGAUGGAAGCUAAAAGAAAACAUGUUUUAGAAGAUAUGGGGGAACAAACAUUUCCCGAAUUUUAUCAGACGAGUAAAGGCAAGGAUGUAGUUCAACAAAUCUAUAAUUAUAUGGGAGGAAACGAACUUAGAUAUGGUAUUCUCUCCACCUAUGAUAAUCACUGGUUUCUACUCCGAGAGCAUACAGAGCUCAGGAUCUCAAAAACCCUCCCACUUCAAUCUGAAACUCCACCUGUACUCAAGGCAUAUGCUUAUCUAACUCGACGGGCGAAAGAGAAUCCCAAGUCUCCUAAACCUCAAGUACUAGUGCCGGCUCAUGGAGACAAUAAUUCACGUAAUCUUCGGUCACAUUCGAAAUCGACUUCCAGCUCCUCAAUAGAUCAACAAUCAACUUCCGGCACUUUUGCAAAUCAACAAUCGUCUUCUAACAUCCCAGUAAACCAGCAAAAGUUUAGCUUCGCGGACUUCAAGUUUAAGGGCAUACUAGGUGAAGGACGAAGUGGUAAAACACUCCUUUGCGAGUUUCGUGGCGAUACGAUUGCUUUGAAGAGCGUAGACUUGUCGAAGGCUCCAUCGUAUGUUCUGAAAGAAAUGCAGAAGGAAGUAGAGAUUUACAAGGAACUCGCUGAUAUCCAAGGCAAGUAUAUCCCGAAGUUGGUCUGUUAUGGAUAUUAUGGAGGAGGUAUGAGCUUCGUUAUCGGCAUGACUAUUGUCGGCACUUCGUUGAGCGACCAAAAAAUAAAGAAACAGCAAAAGACAAGGGCUAUUAAGGGAUUAGAAGCGAUCCACAAGCAUGGCAUCCUCCACAAUGACAUUCGGGAGGAAAACAUCUUAAUUAACGAUGACGGUGGCGUCUAUCUGAUUGACUUCGGUAUGGCAAGUCGGGAGGACACAAAAAAGAAGAGAAAGCUUUUCGAGGAGGAACAGCUCAAAUACUCUAACUUGCUAGAUAGAUAUAAUACACAUUUCGUAAAGAAGGAGGGGCGAAUUUCCAAGUCACGUAAAUGUCAGGUGGUUAGUUAGACUGUAGGGAUAUACAUUAGACAUUUAGUAUAGAAGCGUCAUGUAUCA